UCUCCAGCAAGAAACAUGAGCUCAGGAGCAAAGAAGAGAGGAAGGCCCAACAGAGGAGGAGGAAGAGGAAGAGGAGGAGGAGGAAAAGGGAGAGGAGGAGGUGGUAGGGAUGGAAGAGGAGGAGGCAGCAGUGGCCGUUCAAACAAGCCUCAGCUCGGUGGAAAUAGGAAAUGUUCAACCAGAAUUUGGGAUGAUGGUGAUGAUUUUUGUCUCUUCGAAGAACCGAGGCUGGAAACCAGAUCAAAUGUUUCUGCCAGAAGAGGAGGGCAAACGAAACAAAGACCUGAAGCCAAAAUGCCUCUGCAGACCAUACAUAUGACAACAGAGAAUCAGAGAAGAGUGAAGGAACUUCUUCGAGAGCUUCAAGGGCAGGAUCUGGCUCCUGAAUCAGAAGUAGCUGGUUCUGGUGAAGAUGACGAUGAACCUGAUUACCUUGAUGAUGAACAGUGCUGGUCAACAGAUCAGGAAGUUUCUGACAUGACACCAAGGUCUUCUGCUGAGGCAGCUGCCCACAAAAUUGUGGAAAGCGAAGUGUCUCCAUUUGCUGUGCACAAGCUCUCCAGGUAUGGUUUUGACAGUGAGCGUUGUAGGACUGUCCUGAGAUCCUGCAAUGGUAACAUUGGGGCAUCUUUGGAGCAUUUGCUAUUGCAGUGCUUUGCUGAGAGAUAUGGAGACAAGAUGCAGAUUUCUGCAACAGCUGCUCAGGCCAGUCAAGAAGAAUGUUUAGAACAGAGACAAGAAGAAGCUUUUGCCCUACGGUCAAUCUAUGGAGAAAAAUUUGUAGAAAGAAUUCAAAACAGAGUUUGGACGUUUAGUUUGGAACUGGAAUACCUAACAAACAGGCUCAGCAAAUCUAAACAAAACGGUGGUUGUGCAAGGGACACAGCAAAACAGACUUCAAAAGAAUUAUGUAAAUUUUAUCUCCAAGGAGGCUGCAAAUUUGGUUCAAAAUGCAGAUUCGGACAUGAAUUCCCUCCAAACCACCCACUGAGAUCAGCCAAGAACUCCGUAGAUGAUUCCCACCUCAGAUCUAACAGUGAUGGUCCCAUAUAUGAACUUGAAGUAAGAUUUCCUGAAGAAAACAAGUAUCCACUCCAGGCACCUCUUGUGGCAUUUUACACCACCAAUGAGAAUCUACCUCUUGCCUGUCGUCUGCACAUUGCUGAAUUCCUUUUUGGAAAGGCUUUGAUAGCUGCAGAGUCUAGUGAACCAGUGGUGUACGCGUUAGUGACUUCCUUAGAAGAUGAAUCUGAAAUAGGCGAGUUGCUUGAAAACACUCACCACAAAUACAGUGCUCCUCCUGUUCCCCAUCUGGCAACACGUCCAGUAAAGCUGCAUACAGAGUCUGCGUCUGGUUCAAAUCAAAUAUCAGAAGCCUCGGCAGCAGCAGAGCCUCCAGAGGAAGAGGUGGCAGAAGAAGAGGAGGAAGAUGAGCCCCAACAAGUCAUUGUGGAGAAUGAGAGUUAUGUGAACCUCAAGAAAAAGCUUUCUAGAAAAUAUGAUGUCCACUCCAAAUCUACAUAUAAUGAAAACAUUAAAAUCUGUAUGCAAUUUCGGCUGAAAAAGUCUUCUAGACGCUUCCAGUCCAUGUUGCAUGAAAGGCAGAAGCUCCCCGCGUGGCAAGAGAGAGAAACUAUUCUUGAUUUGCUGACAAGUCACCAAGUUCUUGUUGUGAGUGGCAUGACAGGAUGUGGGAAAACCACUCAGAUUCCUCAGUUUAUUUUGGAUGCCUCAUUGCAAGGUUCUCCAAACACAGUUGCAAACAUCAUCUGUACUCAGCCUCGCAGGAUCUCUGCCAUUUCUGUGGCUGAGCGUGUAGCCAAAGAGAGAACAGAAAGGGUUGGAGUUACUGUUGGCUAUCAGAUCCGCUUAGAAAGUGUAAAGUCCUCAGCUACCAGACUGCUGUACUGCACCACUGGUGUGCUGCUGAGAAGGCUUGAAGGCGAUCUGACUUUGCAGGGCAUUACACACGUUAUUGUCGAUGAGGUUCAUGAAAGAACGGAAGAAAGUGACUUCUUGCUGCUGGUUUUGAAGGAUAUAAUGGUUCAGAGACCAGACCUGCGCAUUAUCCUAAUGAGUGCCACCUUGAAUGCAGAGCUUUUCUCUCAGUACUUUCACUCCUGUCCAAUUAUUAACAUACCAGGUAGAACAUUUCCUGUAGAUCAGUUUUUUCUGGAAGAUGUGAUUGCAAUGACAAGGUAUGUCUUAGAGGACAACAGUCCCUACAGGCGCAAGACAAAGCAAGAAAACAAACUGACUGCAAGACACAAAAGAACUGCAUUUGAAGAAGUGGAGGAGGACUUGAGACGUGCUGGUUUGCUGGAAGACACUGACUCAGCUGUCAAGGAUUCAGACCCAGACCAAAAACUAACUCUGAAGCAGCUGCUUAAACGAUACAAAGGGGUUAACAAGACAGUGUUAAAAACAAUGUCUGUCAUGGACUUGGACAAAGUUAAUCUGGAAUUAAUUGAAGCCUUGCUGGAGUGGAUAGUUGAUGGCAAACAUUCAUACCCCCCAGGUGCUGUGUUGAUAUUUUUGCCUGGUCUAGCAGAAAUCAAGAUGCUUUAUGAGCAGCUCCAGUCUAAUGCCCUUUUUAAUAACAGACACAGCAAGAGGUGUGUUGUUUAUCCACUUCAUUCUUCACUGUCCAGUGAAGAACAGCAGUCUGUGUUCCUCCGCCCUCCUGCAGGAGUUAUCAAAAUCAUCAUCUCUACCAACAUUGCAGAGACAUCUGUCACCAUUGAUGAUGUGGUCUAUGUGAUUGAUUCCGGAAAAAUGAAAGAGAAAAGAUAUGACCCGAGUAAAGGAAUGGAAAGUCUGGAAGACACGUUUGUGUCCAGGGCCAAUGCUCUGCAAAGGAAAGGGCGAGCAGGCCGUGUGGCCUCAGGUGUCUGCUUCCAUCUUUUCAGUAGCCAUCACUAUAACCAUCAGCUCAUAAAACAGCAGUUACCAGAAAUACAAAGAGUGCCCUUGGAGCAGCUUUGUCUAAGAAUUAAGAUUCUGGAGAUGUUUUCUGCACAGAGCCUUCAUUCUGUUUUAUCACGACUAAUUGAGCCCCCUAGAACUGAGUCUUUGCGGGCAUCAAAGCUGCGUCUACAAGACUUGGGAGCGUUAACUGCAGAUGAAAAGCUCACUCCUCUGGGAUAUCACUUGGCUUCCCUGCCUGUUGAUGUCAGGAUUGGCAAACUAAUGCUGUUUGGCACCAUCUUCCGCUGCCUGGAUCCUGCACUCACAAUAGCAGCCAGUCUGGCUUUUAAGUCACCCUUUGUGUCCCCAUGGGAUAAAAGGGAAGAAGCAAACAAAAAGAAGUUGGACUUUGCAGUAGGAAACAGUGACUAUCUGGCUCUGCUUCAGGCGUAUAAGGGAUGGCGUUUAAGUACCAAAGAGGGCUCUCAGGCAAGCUACAACUAUUGCAGGGAGAACUUCUUAUCAGGAAGAGUUCUUCAGGAAAUUGCCAGUCUGAAAAGACAGUUCACAGAGCUGCUUUCCGACAUUGGGUUUGUGAAGGAGGGGUUAAGAGCCAGGGACAUUGAGAGGAAGUGGUCCCAGGAAGGUGAUGGUGUCUUGGAUGCCACAGGAGAAGAGGCAAAUUCAAAUGCGGAGAACAUCAAGCUGAUCUCAGCUAUGUUGUGUGCUGCGCUGUAUCCCAACGUUGUCCAGGUUAAAAAGCCAGAGGGCAAAUAUCAGAAGACCAGUACAGGAGCUGUCAAAAUGCAACCAAAAGCAGAAGAGCUGAAGUUUGUUACAAAAAAUGAUGGUUAUGUUCACAUUCACCCUUCAUCUGUGAAUUAUCAGGUCAGGAUU